AUGUUUAGGCCUAUAUUAUUUUUGUGUUUGUUAUUUGAAUUUAAUUGCCAACUUUUACCAGUGAUAUACGCAGCGCCUAGUUCAGUGUCACAUCAAUCACGGGUAGACAUAAAGAAUAUCCCGCAAAUUAUAGCAACUCCUUUGGUAUACAGCCCAGCUAUAUACGCAACGUAUCCAAAAGAUGAGAAGAAGAGUGAUAUAGUACUGACCCAAGUAAGAAGAGAUACAGUACUCGCACCUAUAGCCUUAACAUUCUUUCAUAAUCUGCCACUCGCACGAGCGCUGGAGCACCCAAUCGUUAUUCAAAGUGAAGAUGCAACCGAAAACCAAUUAACAAAUGUUGUUGAAAAUAUUAUACAAAAUAAUAAUAUAUAUGAAGGAAGCACUGAAAUUGUGGACAUGGCUUUACCUACUCAACCUAUUGUGGUU